CCUUCUUGCUCAACGCGUGUUUCUCUGCUCGGGGACGGGAGGAAGAAACGGACCUGGAGCUGCCCUUGUGUUUCCCUUCCGCCAAUGAAAGAUGAGCUUGCGGCUGAUAACGUGGGACGUGAAAGACACCCUGUUGCGGGUCCGUGUGCCAGUGGGGCAGCAGUAUUAUGCUGAAGCCAAGAAGCGAGGCCUCUGUGUGAACCCCGGCACCUUGGAGACAUCUUUCCGCAAUGCCUACCGAUCUCACAGCCGUCUCUUCCCAAACUACGGGUUGGCACAGGGCAUGAGCUCCCGGCAGUGGUGGCUGGAUGUGGUGUUACAGACAUUCCGACUUUCUGGCAUUGAGGAUUCUGACACCGUUCAGUCCCUGGCCAAACAGCUGUACCAAGACUUCUCCACUGCCCACAACUGGGCAUUGGUACCAGGAGCCAGGGAGGCACUAGAUUCCUGCACAAAUCUGGGGCUCAGGAUGGCAGUUAUCUCUAAUUUUGACAGGAGGCUGGAGGAGCUGCUGAGACAGUGCUGUCUGGAGAGAUACUUUGAUUUUGUAGUCACCGCUGAGAGUGCAGGCGUUGCUAAACCCCACCUGGGCAUAUUUCAUAAGGCUCUGAGCUUGGCCAAAGUGCCGCCCCACCAAGCCGUGCACGUGGGGGACGAUUAUGUGAAUGACUAUUGUGCAGCAAGGAUGGUGGGAAUGCACAGCUACCUCAUUCAUCCAAAGACUCCCCCCAAACUGCAGUGGAACAUCCCAGAGGAACAUGUAAUCCAGUCCCCUGAGCAGCUCAUUCCCAAACUGGUAGGGGUUCUAAAGAACUCAAUGACCUAGUUAUACCAUGUGAUUUGUGCCAAUCAAAUUAUGGGCAAGUGGGAGGGGCCUUUAAAGGUGUUGUUCCACCUUUGAGUAAACUUUUAAUAUGAUGUAGAGAUUGAUAUUGAUUGAGACAAUUUGCAAUUGGUCUUUAUUUUUUGUGAUUUAUUUUUAAUUAUUCCCCUUUUUGUUCAGAGACUUUGCAGUUUUGAAUUUCAGCAGGAGAGGACCUGAAUUUUAAAAUAACUAAUUAAAAGUAGCAAUAAAA